GUAAAAAGGUAUCCACUCAUCCGUCGCACCUCACAACACAAACACACAGAUUCUUUCAUCUUUUCUCGCCGCUUCAAAUUCUCAAUUCUUCCUUUAUUUAGCAGUCCAUGGAGUUGUCAUCAGUUCAACAACCACCAGCUCUUAACCAACACCGACAGGAGCAAGAGCAAGAUGAUGAGGCUGCAGCAAGUUUUAGCAGAUCACUGGUGAAAAUGCAUGAUAAGGAACAAGAAACAGGGCGUAACCGUUACUACAUGAUUUUGUUGGGAAUCAACUACAUGUGUCUCUUUGUUGGUUCUGUCUCAUCAAGUUUGCUUUCAAAAUUCUACUUCAAUCACAAAGGUGGCAGCAGAUGGGUUUCCACUUGGGUACAAUCUGCUGGCUUUCCUCUUCUUCUCUUCCCAAUUUACCUCUUCAAAAUUUGUACCGAUAGAAAACCAUUCACUGGCUUCACCCCUAAAAUCUUGUGCCUCUCCAUUUGCAUCGGCUUUUUUUUAGGUAUCAACAACCUUCUCUUUUCUUGGGGAAAUUCUUAUCUUCCCGUUUCGACAAAUUCUCUUGUUUUGUCUACUCAGCUAGCCUUCACUCUCAUCACUUCCGUGAUUAUCGUCAAGCAAAAAAUCACGUUUGCAAAUUUGAACUGCGUGAUUCUACUUACUGUUAGUUCAGUGCUCUUAGCCUUAGGUUCAAGCCACGACAAGCCACGUGGCUUGACAAAGGGAAAAUACUUUAUAGGAUUUUUCUCAACUGUGGGUGCGGGAUUGUUAUUCGCUCUUUAUCUCCCAAUCAUGGAGAAGAUAUACCGAAAAGUUUACUGCUACGCUAUGGUUGUAGAAAUGCAGCUGGUGAUGGAGAUGGCGGCGACGGCGUUAGCUACCGUCGGAAUGGCGGCAGGCGGCGGUUUCUCGGAGAUGAAGACGGAGAGCAUAAAAGUGUUCGAUUUGGGUGCAAAGGCUUACUGGCUGACGGUGGGGUUUAAUGUGGUGACGUGGCAGUUGUGCUUCAUGGGUACUGCCGGAAUGGUGUUCUUAACGACGUCGUUGGCCGGAGGUGUGUGCAUGACGGCGUUAAUGGGGAUAAACGUGUUGGGAGGGGUGUUAGUUUACGGUGAUCAUUUUGGUGGACUUAAGGCAGUUUCCACUUUACUCUGCCUUUGGGGAUUUUGUUCUUAUAUUUACGGCAUUUAUAUCAAAACGAAAGAGCAAGAAAACCAGAUGGACAGUUCAAAUUCCAGAAAGAAGAUGAGUAUUGAUCAUCAACCUCAUCAGUUCAUGGAACUUGCAGAAGUUGUAACGCACAACUCCUGACCCUCAUGCUGGUCACGUGCCAACUCUCUCUCUCAUUGUUUUUGUUUUAUUCGUUUUAAGGUGGUGUGUUGAUAAAAAAAAAUGUUUUAGGGUGAAGUCGUAAUAUUAAGUAGGGGCAUCAAUGAGUCAGUGACAAGUGUUUGUACUCAUGUUAAUUAAUGGAAAAGUGAGGACUAAAAACUAAA